AACCUCCAAACCGCCACCCGCGCCCUCCACCGCGACGGCCUCGUCGUCAUCGAAGACAUAAUCACCCACACCACCCUCUCCCACCUAAACACGUGCAUGGUCUCCGACGCCCUAAUCCUCCAAUCCGCCGGCGACUCCAGCCCCUACAACUACAACCUCGGCAACAUCCAACAAGACCCGCCCCUAACCCGCCCCUUCUUCUCCCCCACCCUCUUCCUCAACCCCCUCGCGCGCCAAAUCAUCCACUCCGUCCUGGGCCCGCGCUCCCGCCUCUCCUUCAUCUCCGCCAACAGCGCCAUGCCGCCCACGCCCACCUCCCCGCCGCAAUCCCAGCCCGUCCACUCCGACGCCGACUUCGCGCACCCCGCGUCCCCCUUCGCGCUGGUCCUCAACAUCCCCCUGGUCGACAUGACGCCCGCGAACGGCAGCACCGAGGUGUGGCUGGGGACGCACAGCCUCUCCUCGCUCUCUGCGCAAGAAGGCGCGCACGGCGAGCGCGCCAGCGGGCGCAUCGCACCCGCUCUACUCGAGGAGCGGCGCGCGGAGCGGGCGCCGAGCCAGCCGGUUGUCAAGAGGGGUAGUAUCGUGCUGCGCGAUCUGCGGCUGUGGCAUGCGGGGAAGCCGAAUCGGACGCAGGAUGUGCGGGUCAUGCUGGCGUUGAUACAUUUUGCGGCGUGGUUUCGGAAUCCGAUGCGCGUGGAGUUUGACGAAGAUUUGCGCGAGGUGCUGGAGAGUGCGGGCGGGGAUUUACAGGUGCAGAGUGUGUUUGUGCCGCGGGCCGAGUUGGAGGAGAGGUAUAUGAAAAGGGGGUUUGGUAAUUCGCAUGAUUUCAAUCAGGAAGAUAGGUUGGAGGAGAUUUUUUGA